CCCUCUUCAAACUCCUUCUUCAAGUUACCAAUUUUUAUUUUUAUUUUUUGAAAUAUUUCACAUAUUAUAAUGUGUCCAACAAUGAAUAUUUUGGCAACUGAAAAAAUUAAGGAAAAUUAUGAGGAAAAAAUUGAGUGUAGAUAUCAAAAAGGAGUUAGGCAUUUAUGUGAAAGUGGGAUUACUAAAAUUCCAAGAAAAUAUAUAUUGCCAAUUUCAGAUAGGCCUUUAAUUGUGAAAAAAGAAGAAAAUUUCAACUUGCCUAUUAUUGAUUUUGCUCAAUUGCAAGGCCCCAAUAGAUCUCAAGUUCUCAAAUCCCUUGCCAAAGCUUGUGAAGAAUAUGGAUUUUUUCAGUUGGUGAAUCAUGGUAUUCAUAGUGACACAAUUCAACACAUAAUUGAAGUUGGCAAAAAAUUCUUUGAACUUCCCUUUGAAGAAAGAGCCAAAUACAUGUCUAUUGAUAUGCAAGCACCAGUAAGAGUUGGAACAAGUUUUAAUCAAAACAAAGAUGGAGUAUUUUGUUGGAGGGAUUUUCUUAAACUUAGUUGCCAUUCUUUGUCAAGUGAUUUGCUCUCACUUUGGCCCUCUUCUCCAGUAGAUCUCAGGGAGGCAGCUUCAAACUACUCAAAUCAAGCAAAAUUCUUGUACCAAUUGCUAGUUGGAGCAAUUCUUGAAAGUUUGGGAUUAGUGAAUAAUGAAAACAAUAAUGAUAGUCAAAAUUUGAAAGAGUUUGAGGAUGGGAGCCAACUUUUAGUGUUGAAUUGUUAUCCUUCUUGUCCAGAGCCAGAUUUAACACUUGGAAUGCCACCACAUUCAGAUUAUGGCUUACUUACACUUUUACUACAAGAUGAAGUGAAAGGUUUACAAAUACAACAUCAAGGAAAAUGGUUGACUGUUGAACCUAUUCCAAAUUCCUUUGUUGUCAAUGUUGGAGACCAUCUUGAGAUUUUCAGCAAUGGAAGGUACAAAAGUGUGCUACAUAGGGUACUUGUAAAUUCAUCAAAAUCAAGAAUCUCAGUUGCUUCACUACAUAGUUUGCCUUAUAGCUCCAAAAUUCAGCCUUCUCCAAAUCUCAUCAAUGAAUCAAACCCUAAACUCUACAAGGAUACUGAUUUUACUACUUUUCUUCAAUAUCUUUCAUCUUGUGAACACAAGAGCAAAAGUUUCUUGGAAUCUAGAAAAUUGGUUAAUUAAUCAGAUCACGAGUUCGAGCCCUGAAAAUAGAGUCACAUGCUUUACCCUAUAAACAGAGACUUCUCAAUAGGAAUCUGAAUUAGUCAAGUACCAAUAUAUCAGAGAUUAUAAUUUUGUGUAUGUUAUUAGUAGUAGUGAUUGUUAAUUAUCCCAAAUUAGCAAAUAAGUUAAUUAUUUGCAAAAAGGAGCAUAGGCAACCAUAUUAUUGUAAUUCUUUCGAGCUGAUGAAUAAGAAUAUUGUAUGGCUUAAAAGAUCAUUAUAGUUUUCAUGUGUAUUUAGCGGUGUA